GGCCCGGCCUGGCCGCUUUCCCCGCCAUCGCUGCCAUCACCGGCCUCCUCGCCUUGCCUCCUCUCUCCUCUCCUCCUUCUCCGCCGGUCCCGCUCCUCCGCCAUGCGUCUGGUCAGCUGGAACAUCAACGGUAUCCGGAGGCCCGCGGCCGGCGUGGGGCGCGUCCUGGAGGCGCUCGGGGCCGAUGUGGUCUGCCUGCAGGAGACCAGAGUCACCCGUGAGCCCCCCUUUGUCCCCCAACUCUCCUCCUCAUCAGCAGCCUGAGCGUGGCUUUGGAGACUUGCUGGAUGAACCCACAGCGAUCGUCGAGGGCUACAAUUCCUACUUUAGCUUCAGCCGCGGCCGAAGUGGCUACUCAGGCGUGGCGACCUUCUGUAAGGACAGCGCCACGCCAGUGGCCGCCGAAGAAGGCCUCUCGGGUCUGCUGGCCGAUAACCGGGGAGCGAUCGGUUGCUACGGAGACACGGAAGGGUUUACAGAAGAUGAACUGAGGGCUCUGGACAGCGAAGGCCGAGCGGUCAUCACCCAGCACAGGAUACGCACAUCAGAUAAGCGGGAAAAGACCCUGACGGUGAUCAACGUGUAUUGCCCCCACGCUGAUCCCGAAAAACCGGAACGCAAAACCUUUAAGCUGCGCUUCUAUCAUCUCUUGAAGCUGAGAGCCGAGGCCAUCCUGCGUGCCGGCAGCCACGUGAUCAUCUUGGGUGAUGUGAACACGUCGCAUCGACCUAUAGACCACUGCGACCCUUCCGACCCGGAACACUUUGAUGAGAACCCAGGACGGAGAUGGUUAAAUGAGUUCCUGUGGGAACCCGGCAAGGCCCCCGGCAAAGGAGAAGUUGCAGACCCUCCCCCCGGAGGAGGCGGCGGGGCGUUCGUGGACAGCUUCCGUUACUUCCAUCCAACCCAAACCAAUGCCUUCACCUGCUGGUCUGUCCCCCAAGGGGCUCGGCACACUAAUUACGGCACCAGGAUAGACUACAUCCUGGGGGACCGCAUCCUGGUGACCGAGGAGUUUGAGGACUCUGUCCUCUUACCCGAGGUGGAGGGCUCAGACCACUGUCCCGUCAGAGCCGUCCUGAAAAGCACCUUAAUGGCCGCUCCCAAGUGCCCCCCGUUUUGCACCAAGUAUCUCCCCGAGUUCGCGGGGAAACAGCAGAAGCUGUCCCAGUUCUUGGUGAGGUUGGAUCGCAGGGGUGGGAGCCGCAGCUCUCCGCCGGAUUCCCCGGAGUCCGCGGAGGCAGUGGAGGACGUGGCACCGCCGAACAGGCAGGAGAAACGAAACAGUGCCGAAAAGACUAAGGUCGGGGUAAAGAAGAACAGAACGAGUGCCAGCAGAGGCGGGGGCACCCUGCUGAGGUUUUUCAAGCCGGGUGAUAACAGAGAAGGAAAGGCAAACCCGCCCGAAAAGAUGGGGCCGGACCGAGCUGUGCAAGACCAACAGGCCGUGAUUGGCGUCCCCCAGGCAGCGGAGCAGGCUAAGCGGGAAGGGGAGACGGCACCAGCUGAGCCCAAAGAGGGCCAGGCAGCGUUUUGGAAGUCCGUCUUUAAGGGGCCCCCUCCGCCUCCGCCCUGCAAAGUUCACGGCGAGCCCUGCGUGAUGCGGACGGUGAAAAAGGCCGGGCCCAACCACGGCAGGCAGUUCUACGUGUGUGCCCGGCCCGUGGGCCACGCCACCAACCCUGCUGCCCGCUGUGACUUCUUUCUCUGGGUCCCCAAGAAGCAGGCGGCUCCCCGGUGAUAACGGGGGAGUGGCCCGGGUUGGAACUCGAACCACUGGCUGGUGGUGUGCUGCAGGGUAGUGGAAAAAUUCAACCCUUCUGAACAGUCCCAGAGAAACGCCGGUCUUUCCCAUCCAGAGGGCAGAGUGUCACUAUCCAGAAGAGCUUCUUGACUGUGAUUCGAAAUGACUGGUAUGUUACCCAGCAGAGGCUUCUCGGGGGUUGAGUGGUGGUGUUCAACUCAACCUAAUAAUUGGAGGAAAAUAGCUCCCCUUUCCUUAGGUACCCCUGUGGUUUUUCCGACUACAUUGAGCACUGUCAUUUUACCUCAGGGCCUGGCCUGAACUCUUGAGGUUGCUGGUGAGAAAGUUAUCCCUUAAAUGGAGUUUAUUUUUUUAUAAGGAACAUCAAUAAAGCUAUAGUUUU